UGUCUAGAACUCCCUACUUUUUAAUUUAAUACAGUUAUAUUCACACCGGUGAUUUCACCGUAAGUUUUCCUAUUUUCACAAGAUUUUUUUACAGUCAUAGUCUUCAUUCUGUUUUCUGUUCGUGGGAUAUUUAGUAAAAAGUUACAUUGACAUCACAAUGGCUAAUUGGGCGGCUCUCGGUUCCAUCAUCCUCCCCAAUGCAGGUGGCUGGGCCAAUGGUAUUUACUUUGCGGGUCAGAUUCGUAAGGAAAGCGAAAAGGCUUGGUAUGACACAUUGAAAAAACCAUCAUGGAACCCACCAAAAUGGGUAUUUGGACCAGCUUGGACGGUGCUUUACAGUGGAAUGGGUUAUGCUUCAUACUUGGUUUAUGAGGAAUGUGGAGGAUUUAAAGAUGACGCAGUUUUACCCUUGUCCUUGUAUGGAGGACAACUUCUCCUUAAUUGGGGAUGGACCCCUAUCUUCUUUGGUCUUAAAGAUUUUAAAUUGGCGUUCAUCGAGAUAUCCGUGUUGAGUGGUGCGGCCGUCGCUACAGCAGCAAGCUUCGCUCGCGUCAACAAAACCGCUGGAUUGCUCAUGCUACCUUACCUCGCGUGGCUUGCAUAUGCAAGCUCCAUCACUUACUACAUCUGGAAGAACAAUCCCAAGGAGAUCAAAGACGAGAAGAAGGAAUAGAUAUGCUGCAUAAAACAGCGCACAAGUAAUAAUCUUGCAUAUUAAUAAUCUUAAUGACACAAAAUCAAAUCAAACGUUAAUGUAGGUCUAUUAUAAGAUUUAAUGAUUGUAUAAAAACUUAAUAAGUAUUAACUUAUGAGGACUUGUUUAAAAUUUAUAUUUUUGUUUUAUUUUUAAAACACUUUAUUAUUAAUCGAAGUGCAAUGCUAUUUAACUUUUCGCAAUAUUAUCUGUGACCAAAAUGUAUCAUUUAGGCGGGAAAAAUAUUCAUAGAAUAUGACUUAGUUGAUUAAGUAUUACUUAGAAUAGAGAGUUAAUAAGAAAUGGUAUCUAGCAUUAUCGCUUUGUAAUUUAAUACAUAGAAUAUCCUCGGCUUUUACCAUCUUUAAUUUUAAAUAAAUACUUAUUAUUGACAAUAAUAAAUAUAUUGGUAUGGAAUGUUUUAAAAAACUUAAAAUGGAUACGUUAUGUGGAUGGUGAUGAUGGUGGUAUUGAAGUUGAUGAUGGUGUUGGUGGUUAUGGUGAUGAUGAUGAAGAGGAAGAAGAAGAAGAAGAAGAUCAUAAGUUUUUUAAUGUGGAAAAUGAAAUAUGCGAGGAAAGUAACUAUCUUUUAUAUAUUGUAUCAUUGUAUACCAUUUUCACAGGAUUCUCUGUUCUGAGCGAAAGUGUCCUUCGGUUGCAUCAAAUGGACAUUCCUUGACUGUUGCAUUUAUAAUAGUAUUUUUGUAUGUAUCUUAAUCUGAACGCUUUCCGAAUGUUAUUUCAUCUUUUUGAAUACAUUUAUUGUUUAUGUUAGAUA